AUGAAGAUCGACGACGAGACUGUUCUUGAUGAUAGUCCACCUGAAGAACAAGUCUACUCGAUUGGUCUGUAUGCCGAGAGCAGCCCAGAUACUCACGCCACGGACUGUUUCGCUGAUUGUUCCGCGGUGAACUUCUCUGAUUGUUCUGUGGACUGUUCCGCCAACCAGGAACACUUCGUUGCAACCAUAAAAAAAGCAGAAAAAGAACCGGUUGAGUUUACUGGGAAUGAGAAGCGAAAAUUUCUAAGGGAUGCAAGACUCUACUUUUGGGAUGAACAGUUCCUGUAUCGACACUGCAAGGAUGGAGUGUUCCGACGCUGUGUUCCGGAAAGUGAAAUCCCGGAAAUCUUGUUUCAUUGCCAUGGUUCUUCUUAUGCUGGUCACUUUGCAGCAUUCAAAACCGUCUCCAAGAUCUUGCAAGCUGGUUUCUGGUUGCCAACAAUGUUCCGAGAUGCACAAGCUUUCAUCUCCAAGUGCAGUUUAUGCCAAAGACAAGGGAACAUUAGCAAGCAGAACGAGAUGCCCCAGAACUUCAUACUCGAGAUCGAAGUGUUCGAUUGUUGGGGGAUCGACUUCAUGGGACCAUUCCUACCAUCGUGCAAGAACGAGUACAUUCUAGUGGCAGUGGAUUACAUUUCGAAGUGGAUUCACGAACUUGAAGAGAUCAGGCACCUGGCUUAUGAAAGCACGAAGAUCUACAAGGAAAAGAGCAAAGCCUAUCAUGAUAAGUGGAUCAUCUGCAGAAACUUCGAACCAAAUGAUCGAGUUUUGCUUUUCAACUCCAGGCUGAACCUCUUCCCUGGAAAGUUGAAAUCUAGGUGGUCCGGACCUUUCACUGUCAAGGAGGUCAGACCGUAUGGAGCCGUGGUACUACUGCAUCCGAAUGGAGGGGAAUUUGUCGUAAAUGGUCAGCGUAUUAAGCCAUACAUGGCUGAUACGACAAUCGCAGCAGGGGAAGAAAUCCCCUUAGGCGAUCCAUCCCCAGCUCAAUAG